AUGGACAGCACCAUGGACAGCACCAUGGGCAGCACCAUGGGCAGCACCAUGGACAGCACCAUGGGCAGCACCAUGGACAGCACCAGUCAGACUCAGAAUCUCACUGACUUAUCCAGAGACGCUGAACUGAAAGUGAAGAGUCAGACAGCCCUGCGCAACAGGCCUUUUUAUCUCAGGCGGUGGCCAGUGACACACCUGGACACGCAGUGGACCAGUGACACACCUGGACACGCCCUGGACCCGCCCUGGACCAGUGACACGCCUGGACCCGGCAUGGACCAGUGA